AUGGCAGGACACCGCUAUCUACUUGCUAACGUGAACCACUGCACUGGUGCGCAGGACUUGGUCAUGCAAACCAUGUUGCAGGGGUCCAACGACGUCCUGGUCAUCACGGAGCCAUACUACGUGUCUCCCCAGCCCAACUGGGUUGGCGACACGCGGAGCUCCGUGGUGAUCAUUGUGGCGACCGGUCCGGGCUCCAUGCCCCUUUCCGUCCGGGACAGAGAACCUGGGUUUGUUUCCGCCUUAUGGGGUGACAAUCUGGUCUUCGGGGUUUACUUCUCGCCCAAUGUUCCGUUGGCUGAGUACCAGUUGUUCCUGGAUCGUCUGGGAAUUGCUGUCAGGCGAACGACUCAGCGCAACAUCAUUGUGCUUGGCGAUUUUAAUGCCCACAAUACAACUUGGGGAUCCCCGGAGACCGACGACCGCGGCGAGGCGGUCGAGGAGUGGGCGGCAUUGUGCGGUCUUGCGCUGCUCAAUCGCGGCUCAACCGACACGUGGGUGCGACGGCAGAGCGGGUCCAUAGUGGAUUUAACAUUCGCUAGCCCUGCACUAGCAUCGCGCGUGUCGAACUGGCGGGUUCUGGAUGAUGUGGAGACACUCUCGGACCACCGCUACGUUACGUUCGAGGUCUCCACCUCAUCUAGUGAUACAACCUCUCGUCGGGACCGGGAAGCCAGACCAUCGGCCUUCCCGAGAUGGUCGCUCGUGCGCCUCAACGAGGAGCUGCUGGAGGAGGCUGCAAUUGUCCAGGCAUGGACCAUGCAGCCUGUAGACCCGGCAGAGGUGCAUGAGAGCGCCAUCAAAUUCCGGGAGACUCUAACGCGGAUGUGCGACGCGGCAAUGCCGCGAGCUAAAAGGCGGCCGUCUAGGCGAGCGGUAUACUGGUGGACUCAAGAUAUAGCUGAUCUGCGCGAAGCUUGCGUUGCGGCGCGUCGAGAGUUCACCAGAUACCGAAGACUGCAGACUCGCAGCGAAGAAAGGGAGGACCUGCUGCAUAACAUCUACAGCCAGUCCAAAAAGACCCUGCAACUGGCCAUCAGCAGGUCCAAAACCCUCUCCAGGCAGGAGAUGCUGGAGGACCUCAACAGGGAUCCGUGGGGACGUCCGUAUCGUGCGGCGAGAUGCAAAUUUCGCCCACAGGCGCCCCCGAUCACGGAAACCCUGCAGCCUCAACUAUUGGAGGAGGUGGUAGCGGGUCUGUUCCCGGACAGUCCCGAUCACACCCCCCCAAUCAUGGCGGAUUCCCUAGAGGAAGAAGAGGCUGAAGAGGUUCCUCCGUUGAGGUCACAGGAGAUUCGCGCAGCCGCGUUAAGGUUACGGGCCAAGAACACCGCGCCCGGACCUGAUGGAGUCCCGGGUCGGGUCCUGGCUUUGGCGCUAGACAAGUUGGGGGCUCACCUAGCCGAGCUUCUCGACGCCUGUCUGGCGACAGGCCAGUUCCCGACGUGCUGGAAGGAGGGUAGACUAGUCCUUCUCAAGAAGGAUGGGCGCCCCGCAGAACAACCCUCUGCCUACCGCCCCAUAGUGCUGUUGGAUGAUACGGGAAAGCUCUUCGAGCGCAUCAUUGCCUCCCGUAUCAUCCAGCACCUAACCAGUGUUGGCCCUAACUUGUCGGACAACCAGUUCGGAUUCCGAGAGAGCCGAUCGACGAUUGACGCGAUCACACGCGUCAAGGCUCUCUCGGAAGAAGCGGUUGGUUCUGGCGGCGUACUGUUGGCGGUGUCCUUGGACAUCGCCAACGCUUUUAACUCGUUGCCAUUCGGGAGCAUUCAGGAGGCGAUUCGGUUUCAUCGGUUGCCUCAAUACCUGCGAAGGCUGAUCGAUGUCUACCUGCACAACAGGGUAGUACUAUACCCAGGGCGGGACGGCUCUCUCCAUCAACGGGCCGUCGGAUGCGGUGUUCCACAGGGGUCGGUUCUGGGUCCACUCCUGUGGAACAUCGGGUUUGAUUGGACCCUGCGGGGCGAUCUUCCCCCAGGCCUCAGCAUCGUCUGCUAUGCGGACGACACUUUGGUCACCGCACGAGGGGAUGACUAUGAGGAGGCAGCGGCGCUAGCCACGGCUGGCGUUCAGAGGGUGGUCGAGCGAAUCGAGUCGUUGGGCCUAAAGGUGGCCCUCAACAAAACCGAGGCUCUGUGCUUUCAUGGCCCUCGGAGGGGGCCACCUGCAGGUGCCAACAUCGUGAUUGGCGGUUGCCGGGUCGAGGUAAAGCCUCAGAUGAAAUAUCUGGGGCUUUACCUCGAUCCGAAAUGGAACUUCCGAGAGCAUUUUCGGAGAUUAGCUCCUAAACUAAUCAAUGCCGCAUCUGCUCUCGGAAGGUUACUGCCAAACCUGGGAGGCCCGAGCGUUACCUGCCGUCGCCUAUACACUGGCGUGGUACGUUCGAUGGCGCUUUAUGGCGCACCGGUGUGGGUCGGGGCUCUGACUGGCCCGAAUAAGACCAUGCUGUUCCGUGCACAGCGGGUCAUGGCAGUCAGAGUCGCCCGAGGAUACCGCACGAUCUCACAUGAGGCGGCUUGUGUCCUUGCGGGCACGCCUCCGUGGGACCUCGACGCCGAGGUUCUCGCGGAGGUUUAUGUGAGAUGCGCGGAGGCUAAAGCGCAGGGAGAUGGCCCAGAUCCCGAAGACCUGGAUCGCUGGAGGAAGCGCGCUCAACGCAAUCUGCUGCGAAGGUGGAGGCAGCGAUUGGAAGAGCCGUGCGCUGGCUUGCGGACCGUGGCGGCUGUUCGCCCAGUCCUGAAGGAAUGGGUGAACCGACGUCACGGCUCGCUCACCUUUAGGCUGGUGCAGAUACUGUCGGGGCAUGGCAGCUUCGGCAGAUAUCUGUGCCACAUAGCCGGCAGGGAGCCAUUAGCGGUCUGCCACCACUGCGCCUGCAGUGACGACACCGCUGAUCACACGCUGGGGGUCUGUCCAGCGUGGGCGCAACAGCGAGCGACGCUCGCUGCAGUGGUCGGGAACGACCUCUCGUUGCCAGCCGUGGUCAACGCCAUGGUUGGCAGCAAGAGAGCGUGGGAGGCGAUGGUCUCCUUCUGUGAGGACGUGGUGGCACAGAAGGAGGCUGCAGAGCGGACCCGAGAGGACGACCCCCUCUCGGCUCCUAUCCGACGUAGGCGUACUGGGCGGAGAAGGGGGGUAUUUGCUCGCCAACUCUUGCCUAUCGAUGCGUCGGAGCUGGAUGGAAAGAUAGGGCGAAAUGAUGUAGGAAAGGGAGAAAUUUUGAGUGCUCAGGCACAGCAGUUUACCGGCCUUCAUGCGGACAGUAAGUUCGCGGGGCGCACUGUGGCGCAACCGGGAUCCACCACCCCGGAAGCGCUGCAGCGCCCUGGCCUAGGCGCUUGCGCCACUCGUCCCUGUGAGGGGACGAAGGAGGGAGGAGGAGAUUUCGGGAGGCUGAUCCAUAGCGACAGGGAUCGGGUACCCGAAAUCGAGAAAGGGAGGCGUCUCAGCGUAGUCCUCACACGCUGCGACACGCCUGUCACCACGACACUCGCUAGCCAUGAGGAGGAGUCCAUGGACUCAGACUCCUCAUGCGCUAGCAUGGUGACAGUCACGUCGGAAAGGUCUGACCUACGGAGACCGUUCCUUAAGCGGAACAGGUCAGACCCUGAGGCUGAAGACGACGAUUCGGCUGGGUCGCCCCUCAAAGGGGCGGCGCACAAGUCGAAAAGAGGAAGAGGUCGCCCCCCUAGUGUGGGCAAGUACGUCGGCCUGGCCGCAGCCAAGGCCGCGUACAAUGCCGAACUGGCCGAGAGCCUCCGGCUCGAGGCGGAGGCGGAGGUCGCGGAUGUGGCCCGCAACUUGAGGGAGGCUCGGGCCUCUUUACAGCCCAGCCCCCCUCAACCGGAGACGGAGGACCAGCUGACAGGAGCUGCUCUCACUAAUGUUGUGAGGACUUCGCUGGAGACCAUCACUAUGGUCGCCACGAAGUCCUCUCAACUGAAGGGGACCUAUGUCCGAGCCCUUAAGGACGCGGUCAAGGGGAUCCAAGAGGCGGUGUCCCUUUUAAGAUCUCGCUCCGUGACGGAAGAGGUUGCGCGGCUCGAGGCCGCCAACGCCCAGCUGGUUAAGGAGGUUGCCGACCUGCGCCGGGACCUCCAUGAGCUGCGACAGCGCCCAGCCCAGCCGUCAGAGCCAGGCCUACGGCAAUUGCUGGAGGAGGUGUCCCGUGCCAACGUAGAAACGUUCGGCACUAUGAUAAACGCCAGGUUGGCUGGAAUCGAGGACCGCCUCCUUCCAGAACCACGACGACGGCCUCCGCUUGCAGCGGAAAUCAGAGCAGCCAGGGCAGACCCCGCUCACAAAGAGCCAGCAGGGGCCCCGGCUGUCUCAACCAGUGAUGGUGCCCCUCCCGCGUCUGGGCAAAGUAAAGGCCAGCGGGUGAAAAAGGCUGGUAAGGUGGCUGGCAGCCAAUCUUCCUCUGCUCCCCCUCCUCCCCCAGUGGGAAAGAAAGGGAAGAAGAAGAAGAGCAUGGCGGCAAAGGAGGCUGCUCAGGCGCGAGCCACGGGUACCUCUACACCGGCGGAAGUGCCGUGGACUACGGUCGUCGGUCGUAAGGCCAAAGCCAAGGCGGCCCAGGCUGCUAAGGAGCAGCCGAAGGCCCAGCCCACGGCCCAAAAGAAGGCCAAACUACGGGCACCCAAGACGGCAGCGGUCACACUGACCCUGCUGCCUGGAGCGGAAGAUAGGGGGGUAUCCUACGCCUCCAUCUUGUCCGACGCAAAACAGCGCGUCCGCCUUGCGGACCUCAAUAUUGAAAGUAUGAGGUUCCGUAGGGCGGCGACGGGUGCGCGCAUGCUCGAGGUUAGCGGAGAGGACUCUGCUGAAAAAGCAGAUGCCCUGGCAAGCAAGCUCAGGGAAGUCCUCAGCCCGGAAGCGGUCCGAGUCGCCAGGCCUGUGAAGUGCGCGGAAAUCCGCGUCACAGACCUGGAUGACUCGGUCGACGCUAUCGAGGUGGCGGAGGCGAUCGCCAGGGAUGGAGGAUGCCCGGUCGACGCAAUUAAGUACGGGAGGAUUGUCGUCGGCCCGAGAGGCGAUGGAGCCCUCUGGCUUAGCUGCCCGGUCACCGCCGCCAAAAAGGUGACGGACACCGGUCGGGUCCUAGUGGGGUGGACCUCGGCCAGAGUAAGGCUGCUCGCUCCCAGACCGAUACGCUGCUAUCGCUGCCUGGAGUCAGGGCACCUGGGGGCCAAAUGCUCUUGUGAGGUUGACCGCAGCAAGUUAUGCUUCCGCUGCGGUCAACCGGACCACAAAGCACGGGACUGCGGCGCUGAGCCCAACUGUCCCGUAUGUGCGGCGGCGGGAAAGCCAGCGGCCCAUGCAAUCGGUGGUGGUGGAUGCAUUUCCGCCACCAAGAAGCCGACAGCCACGGCCCCAAAAAAGAGGAGCGCGCCUAAAUCCAAGCGUCGCAAGGCCAAGAAGGCCGGAGAGGAGCGGAUGGACACCAAUCCAUAA